ACUAGAUCAUGACUCAGCUCACAGAAGUAGUGCUCUAGUUAACAAACCUUAAAUUUAGUGAGGAAUAUUAUGAUGAUACCCAUUAAGUUACUUAAAAAAAUGGGUCUCUAUGAUAUCAAAAUCCAAGGCACUAGUGUUAAGGUAAGGGUAGUAGAUCAUCACGACUUGAUCAGCUUAGGCCUUUCCGAGUUGAGAUCUGAGAUCACUACUCCAACUGUUGUUGGAUUUAUGGUCAAGGAUGCGGGUUAUUAUGAUCCUAUAAUGUUGCAACUUUGUGUCGGAAAUCGUUGCCUGGUGAUUCUAAUGCAUCGCUUGGAUUCAAAUUCAAUACCUCAAUGCCUAAAGAAUUUUCUGGAAAACCAAGAAAUUUGUUUCGUGGGUGUCGAUUUGAGUAGCGGAGUUCAUAGUUUGAGUGCAAAACAUGGAAUAGAAUGCAAGAGCAGCGUUGAAGCGAAGGAGUUGGUUGCUAGAGUUCUUAAGAAGCCUCGUCUUAUAAAUGCUGGAUUAGCAACAUUAGCAGCUGAAGUUGGAAUAGCUUGGGAGCAAUCCAAAUAUCUGUCUAAUUUCAACUGGUAUGCUUUGGUUUUUUCGGAUGAAGAAAUUAAGUAUGUUGUUGAAGAUGUUUAUGCAUCUUUUCUGAUUGGAACCAAGGUUCUUGGCAUGCUUUAAAUUUCAUCUUCUUCCAUCUAGUUGUGUAUUUUGUUGGUCACGCUCAAAUGCUUUAAGUGUCACCUGCUUAGUCUUUGUUAUAUGUUUUGCCUCCAUAUAAGUGUUUAGGGGUAAUUUCUAUAA